AUGCGAUUCGGUUCCUUCGAAAAGCUAGAAACUUGCGACGACGAACAAAACGCAGAUAUGGACAUCAGCUUCGAGCACCCUCAACCUGCAAAUUACACAUCGAUCGGCUCAAUUCAACUGGAAAAGGUUCUAGCAAAGAAGCCGAGUUUAUCUCUCCAAACCGAGGAGGAACUAUCCGCAAUGACCGAGAUCGCGAAAAGUGUUGCUACAAAACUCGGCCAUUUCGAUGAGUUCGACGAGAGCGAGUCCUCAGAUGAGGCACGGGCUUCAAUAAUCAAAUAA